AUGGCCAAGACAAUGUCGAGCGAUGAGCUUGACUUGGAAGCCGAAGGCAAUGAAACAGCUCGUGCUCAACCAGCGCAGUUCGGUGUGAGCAUCACCCAACGUGCAAUUUCUUUUGGACCGGAUGAACGGGACUCUGCUCGACCGGGUCGUGUUAUGGGCAGAGUCCGACGAUCGAUGUCCCGCUCGCGAUCUCGCAGCCAGACCCGACUUGAUCGAGCCGCCUCCAAUGUUGCCAUCGAAUUCCAGCGGAUGAGCAUCCAGAUCGCCGAGUCGGAAACCCGAGAGAAAGCGUAUGAGGACCUCAAAGCCCCUCCGAAAAAACACGAAUUGCCAGAAGAUGCACAAUAUUUUGAAAACCUCAACUUCCACAAGCAGAGUCUGGAGGACAUUUGGAGUCACUUCAACAGCACCACGCAGGGCCUCUCCCUCGAAGAGUCGAUGGCUCGCUUGGGUCGCGACGGCAAGAACGUGCUUCCUCAUGUCAAGCCAAACUAUGUCAAGCGGAUUCUCAAGUAUGUUUUUGGAGGGUUCUGCUCUGUCCUGUGGAUCGGUGUGAUCAUCUUCUUCAUCUGCUGGCGCCCCCUCGGUGAUCCCGACCCGCAAGCUUACAACCUGGGACUGGGCAUCUUGGUCUUGAUUGUGAUCUUCUUGCAGGCAUCUUUCUCCGCCUUUCAAGAUUGGUCCACUGCUCGCACCAUGAAAGCGAUUUUGGAUAUGGUGCCCACGGAAGCCACCGUGCUGCGAUCGGGCGAACCGAUGCGCAUCCCCUCGACCGACCUGGUCACCGGUGACGUUGUCAAGCUCAGUGUGGGCAACAAGGUGCCUGCCGACCUUCGCCUCAUUUCCACCUCCGGAGAUACUCGCUUUGAUCGCUCAGUGUUGACGGGAGAGUCGGAGGAAAUUGAUGGCACCACCGAGAUGACGGACAACAACUUCCUCGAGAGUCGCAAUGUCGCUCUGAUGGGAACAAUGGUGACCAAUGGAAGCGCGGUGGGCAUUGUCGUACUCACGGGCCAACGCACCGUCAUGGGUCACAUCACAGUCUCGUCCACAGACGUCAAGGAGGAGCCAACCCUCAUUCAGAAGGAGAUCACUCGUUUCGUCUACAUUAUCGUCUGCCUGACCGUUUUCCUCGCAUGUCUGCUCCUCUUUACCUGGGCGGGAUGGCUUCGUGUAAAGCACUCCGGCUUCAUGAGCGUCGUCGCCAUGCUCAACGACGUCAUGGGUUGCGUGGUGGCAUUUAUCCCCGAGGGAAUGCCCGUGGGAGUCGCUCUUACUCUCAUGAGGGUUGCUCGAAGCAUGAAGAAGAACAACAUCCUGCCCAAGGGACUCUCCACCGUGGAGACCUUGGGAUGCGUCAACGUGAUCUGUUCGGACAAGACCGGCACUCUGACUGAGAAUCGAAUGAGCGUCAUCACAACCGCCUUUGCGGAUCAAACAUUCACGUCCCAGGAGGCCAUCUCUGCCACCCGGGCAAAGUCCCACGAGCCCCUCAACCGUCUCCAUAGAGCUGCUGCCCUCUGCAACGAUGCAGUGUUUGACCCUUCUACCAUCCAGAAUCCGAUCAAAGAACGCAAAGUACUGGGCAAUCCCACCGACGGAGCAGUCCUCCAAUUUGUGGAAGAGGUCCAACCUGGCUGUCUUCAAACUCUGAAUGAAUCAUACCAGCGAGUCUUCAGCAUUCCGUUCAAUUCGAAGAACAAAUGGAUGCUCACAAUCCACAAGAUGCCCCACUCGGGUGCGGAUGAGAAAUCUGGCAAGCACUUGCUUUUCAUGAAGGGAGCCUCGGAUAUCCUGCUGCCACGCUGCACCUCGUACUGGUCUUGCACGGAAGAUGCCGUUCGUCCUCUGGAUGGUGAAGCCAUCAACAACCUGGCCGCAGUGCAGGAGAAGAUGUCGAGAGCCGCCCAGCGUGUCAUCCUUCUUUGUGAACGGUCUUACACCCCGAAAGAAGCCCUCGGCACUGCUGCGUUUGGUGAGGAAGUUCAGCGCGACGGAUUCGCCGACCUGACUUUGAUUGGAAUGUUUGGCAUCAUCGAUCCCCCCCGUCAGGAAGCGGCCGCGACGGUUGCCGCCUGUCGACGGGCCGGUGCUCGCUUCUUCAUGGUGACUGGAGACCUUGGUUUGACUGGUGCGGCUAUUGCUCGCGAAAUCGGAAUCUUCACCGGCGACGCUGAACCGGAUACUUUUGACACUGUGGUGAACCGUCGUGGCAUCAACAUGAGCCAUUCCACUCUGGCUACUGAGGUCGGCUGGUCGCAAACCAGCUUGCUUCUCGAGGGUCCAUCGAUCUCAAAGUUGACGCAUGAAGACUGGGAUGUUGUUUGUGGAUAUCAGGAGAUUGUGUUUGGACGUACCAUGCCGGAUCAAAAGCUGCGGAUUGUCAAUGAGCUUCGUGCGCGUGAUUACGUGGUCGCAGUCACCGGCGACGGCGUCAAUGAUGCCCCGGCUCUUCGCGCGGCCGAUGUGGGUGUCGCUGUGGUCACCGGAAGCGACGUGGCCCUGGAAGCUGCCGACUUGAUCCUGAUGGACAAAUUCGACUCGAUCAUUGAAGCUAUCCGUCUUGGGCGACUGGUCUUCCAGAAUCUCCAAAAGGUCAUCAGCUACCUGUUGCCUGCCGGCUCGUGGUCGGAGAUUUGGCCAGUGCUUCUCAACGUCUUCUUCGGUGUUCCCCUUCCGCUCUCCUCCUUCCUGAUGAUCAUCAUCUGCGUUUUCACCGACCUGUUCUGCUCCCUGUCGUUGAUCUUCGAGCAAGAGGAAUUCGAUCUCUUGGAUCUGCCCCCGCGGAACCACAAGACGGACCACCUGAUCAACCUGAAGGUUUACAUCCAGAGCUACUUGUUCAUGGGUGUCAUGCAAACCGUCUGUGCGCACUCGAUGUACUUCCUCUACUACUGGCGACACGCGGGGAUCCCCGCCCACGCGUUGUUCUUCGCCUUUGAGAAGUAUACUGACGGGUUCUAUGGGUACACUCAGGACGAGUUGAACCAGUUCAACAUCGUCGGGCAGAGCGUGUACUUUGUGUGCCUGCUGGUCCUCCAGUGGGGCAACAUUCUCAGUGUGCGCAACAAGCGGUUGUCCAUUCUGCAAGCCGACCCCAUCCGCAAGAAGCGCCGCAACCCAUGGCUGUUGGCGAGCAUGGUGGUGAGCUUGGGCAUCGCCAUCUUCGUCACCGAGGUCCCCGGUAUCCAGACCAUCUUCGCUACCGGGCCGGUGCCCCUGGAGUUCUGGUUCCUGCCCAUCCCUCUGGCGGUGGGUGUUCUGUGCAUGGAUGAGCUUCGCAAGCUCAGCGUCCGCGUGUGGCCCAAGGGAUUCACUGCUCAGAUCGCUUGGUGA